AUGAGGGAAGAAUCAAUGGGUUGUGUGUUGCGACAACAUGAUUCUUUAGGAAGAAAAGAGCGAGUUGUUUAUUAUUUCAGCAAGAAGUUCACGAGUUAUGAGUCAAAGUACUCAUUGUUGGAAAAAACAUGUUGUGCUUUAACAUGGACAACUCAAAGACUAAGACAAUACAUGUUGUAUUACGCCACUUGGCUCAUUUCAAAAAUGGAUCCUAUAAAGUACAUUUUUGAAAAGUCAUCCUUGUUUGGACGAAUAGCUAAAUGGCAGGUGUUGCUAUUAGAGUAUGAUAUCAUCUAUGUUACAAGAAAGGCCAUGAAAGGAAGUGCAAUCGUCGAUUGUUUAGCUAAUUUUCCAGUUGAAGACUAUGAACCAAUGAAAUUUGAAUUUCCAGAUGAAGACGUCAUGAUAGUAUCAGAUACACUGCAAGAUACAGAAAUAUGGACAAUGUUCUUUGAUGGAGCCACAAAUGAGGUAGGACAUGGUGUGGGGGCUAUUCUAACAUCUUCUGAUGGAAAAUCGUAUCCUCUAACUACUAAGUUGUACUUUGAUUGCACACAUAACAUGGCGGAAUAUGAAGCAUGCAGUAUGGGAGUUCAAAUGGCCUAUGACAUGAAGAUUAAGAAGUUGCAAGUUUAUAGAGAUUCUCUCUUAGCAAUACAUCAGCUCAAUGGGGAAUGGGAGACAAUAGACUCUAAAUUGAUUCCCUACGACAAGUAUAUUCGAGAAUUGGCUCAAAAUUUCGAGUCAAUCACAUUCAAGCAUGUCCCAUGUGAAAAUAAUCAAAUAGCAAAUGCAUUAGCUACUCUAUCUACCAUGUUUAAUGUGGUUUAA